UCGUUUACUCCUUCUCUUCUUCGUAUUUCGAUCGUUGGCACAAACGUACAAUUUCGACCCUACACAAUUCUGGUUUUUUAUCCAUAAUAACAAAGUGAAUCGGCAAUUAACCAGGUCCAUUUUGAAACGGGAGAGAUAGCAGACUCUUAUAAAUAUAUCGUUUCAACAUAUAAACAGUGAUAUCCGAAAUUGCAUGUGUAUCUAGUGUUCUGUUUAUAGGAAUCGUCAGAAUGAUUUGGCUGUACCUCUUAAUUCUCAUUAUAUCCUUGGUUUACUUUUAUACAAAACGUAGCUUGACCUAUUGGCAGCGAAGAAAUGUGUUUGUUGAAAGCCCAGUUCCGCUAUUUGGAAAUUUACUCAGUAUUGCACUUGCUAAAGAAAAUUUAUCCAGUUUCAUCAGAAGGGUGUACACUGACCUAGGUGAAAAAUAUCCCUAUUUUGGCUUUUACCUCUUCCAUAAACCAAUUCUCAUUCUAAAGGACAGGGACAUCAUUAAACAGGUUCUCAUAAAGGAUUUCAACUCAUUCACUAAUAGAGCUCUCAAAUCCCACGAAAAAAUCGACCCAAUAUCUUCAAACACACUCUUUGUUUUGAGAGAUCAAGAUUGGAAAACUACAAGAAGUAAAUUGAGCCCGGUAUUCACAUCCGGUAAAAUGAAACUAAUGCUUCCAUUGAUGACAGAAAUAGCUCACAACUUGGAAAAGUUGUUGGACAAAUUCAACAACAAAAAUAUCGACGCUAAAGAUAUAACUAAGAGAUUCACUAUAGAUGUAACUACAAGCUGUGCUUUUGGUAUCGAUUCUGGAAGUUUGACAGACGAAAACUCCGAAAUCAAGAAAAAUACCGAUAUUAUUCUUGAUCAGAAAAGUUUCAUGAGGAGAUUCGCAUCCUUUAGCUGGGUUCUUUGUCCCACUUUAGUCGAUCUGUUUCGAUUGCCACUCAUUGAUUUAGAUUCAGCGGAUUACCUUGUUGCUAUCUAUCUGCAAUCUGAAGCAGACAGGAAGAGCAGAAAUGUUAAAAGGAACGAUUUGAUCGACCUCAUGAUUGACCUCUCCCGAGAAGAAACCACGAAAGAUAAUUUCUUAUUUGAUGAUUUGAAGAGAUCUGCCCAAGCGGUUAUUUUCUAUAAUGCGGGAACUGAAGCCACUUCUACUCUGUCGUCACUUUGUCUGUACGAAUUAGCUCUGAAUCCAGAAAUUCAAGAUAGGCUGAGGAGUGAAAUAAGGCAAAAUUUGGAUUCGAAUGGCGAUUUAACGUACGAAGCACUUUUUGGGAUGGAAUAUCUAGAUUUAGUUACAAAAGAAACCUUGAGAAGGUAUCCAUUUGUGCCAUUUUUAACCAGAUACGCUGACAAAGAUCAUAUUUUCGAAACGACUGGACUGAAGAUUGAAAAAGGAACCCAAGUGAUAAUUCCUACAGUAGCAAUACAUGGUGAUCCCAAUUAUUAUCCUGAACCUUGCAAAUUCGAUCCGGAAAGAUUCCGAGGAGAUAAGAUGAAGGAUCUUCAGUACGUUUAUUUACCUUUUGGUGAGGGACCAAGAAGAUGUAUAGGAGAAAGAUUCGCUUGGAUGUCCUUGAAAUUGGGGAUAGCAACAUUCCUGAAGAAGUAUGAAGUUGUACCAGGUGAACAAACAGAUAUUCCUCUGAAAUUCGCCAAAAAUGCAAUGUUUGCCACAACACAAGACGGCAGGAUACAUUUAAAAAUAAAAAAGUGUAGUGAACUAUUAGAUGAAAUACUGAAAGACAUAAAUAUCAUAAAGCAAGUUCUUGUCAAAGAUUUCAAUUCUUUCCCCAACAGAACACUUCAUUCAAAUGAAAAGGUAGAUCCUGUGAUAUCGAAUACGUUAUUCGUCUUGAAAGAUGAUGUUUGGAGAACUUUUAGGAGGAAAUUGAGCCCAAUCAUGUCUUCUGGUAAGAUGAAACUAAUAAUCCCUUCGAUGCAGGAACAUGCAGUUAAUUUAGAACAUUGCUUGGAAAACUCCGUUGAGAAAAACAUAGACGUGAAGGAUUUGGCUAAGAGAUUUAUGCUAGAUGCCUUCGCAUCAUUUGCCUUCGGAAUCGAUUAUGGAAGUCUGCAAAAUAAAAACCUGCUGAUGAAACAGGAACACGAUAGAGUUUUCGACCAGACUAAGGUCAUGAGAAGAAUCGGAACUUUUUCAUGGGUCUUCUCUCCAAUCCUUGUUGACAUUUUCCGUCUACCUUUUAUGGACAUGAAAUAUGCUCACAAUCUCCUGGAUUUUUAUUUACAGGCUGAGAUAGACAGAAAAAAAGAAAAUAUCCAACGGAAUGAUCUACUGGAUAUACUAAUUGAACUUUCGCAACAAAAAUCUCCAAACAAUGUACACGAAUUCGAUGAUUUGAGGAGAUCUGCUCAAGCUGUUCUUUUCUCCGGUACUGGAACCGAGUCAACUGCUUUGCCGCUCGCGCUGGGUCUGCAUGAAUUGGCAUGUCAUCCAGAUAUUCAAGAUGAACUCAGGAGGGAAAUAUAUCAAAAUUUGGAUAUUGAUGGAAAUGUUACCUACGAAUCGCUCAACAAGAUGAAGUACUUGGAUAUGGUAGUAAAAGAAACUUUGAGAUUACAUCCAUUCUUACCAUUCGUCACGCGUUAUGCUAGUGAGGAUUAUAAAAUUGAGUCUACUGGAUUGAUUAUCGAGAAAGGAACACAAAUUUUAGUACCAACAAGAGCAAUUCACAAGGAUCCCAAAUAUUUUCCAGAACCUUUGAAAUUCAAACCAGAAAGAUUUCUUGGAGAAAAUAUGAACAAGUUUCAAAACGUGUACUUACCUUUCGGUGCAGGACCCAGAAAAUGCAUUGGUGAGGAAUUAUCUUUUAAAGUAGCUCCGCAAUGUGAGGUGAGAUUCAUCGUCAGUUCAAUAGAGAAUUUAGCAGAGUUCGUUUGCAAGAAUACUGGUAAAAUGAUAUGGCUGCUUCUCUUCAUUAUAGCGAUCUUCCUGUUAUAUAAAUACACAAAACAUAGCCUCAGCUACUGGAAAAGGAAGAAUGUUUUCACGGAAGAACCAUAUCCGUUUUUCGGAAAUUUUCUCAAUAUUGCAUUGAAGAAAGAGAGUAUGGGUUAUAUUUUCAAAAGGAUAUAUGAUACGUUAGACGAAAAGUAUCCAUAUUUCGGCGUUUAUGUCUUCCACAAACCAAUCCUUGUACUCAAAGACAGAGAGUUAAUCAAACAAGUUUUAGUCAAAGAUUUCAGCUCAUUCUACAACAGAUCAAACUACUCCAAUGAAAAAGUAGAUCCUAUAGCAUCGAAUACAUUAUUUGCAUUGAGAAAUGAAGUGUGGAAAACCGUAAGGAAUAAAUUGAGCCCAGUCUUCACCUCUGGUAAAAUGAAACUUAUGCUACCAUUGAUGGCAGAAAUUGCCGAUAAUUUAGAAGGUCACUUGGAUAAAUCCCACGAUGAAAAUGUGGAUGUUAAAGAUCUUACAAAGAGGUACGCCAUAGAUAUUACCACAACGUGUGCUUUUGGAAUAGAUUCCGGUAGUAUUAAAGACAAUAAUUCCGAAAUUAAGACCAUGACAGACAAAAUAUUAGACCCUAGAGGUUUUGUUAGGGGAUUUGCUGCCUUUUGUUGGAUUCUUUGUCCAUUUUUGGUCGAUAUAUUCCGCCUUCCCUUCAUCGACAGAGACGCAUCGAACUAUUUUGUCGAUCUUUUCAAACACUCUGAAGAGGAAAGGAAAAGGAAGAACGUAAAACGUAAUGAUUUGGUGGAUCUCUUGAUUGAAAUGUCUAAUGAAGAAAAACAAACUGAUCUCUUCAAGUUUGAUGACGUAAAGAAGUCCGCACAAGCUCUGGUGUUCUAUAAUGCGGGAACAGAGGCCACAUCUACUUUAUCAUCCCUUUGUCUUUAUGAAUUAGCCCUACAUCAAGAUAUUCAACUAAAACUGAGAGAGGAAAUAAGGGAAAAUGUAGAUGACGCUGGUAAUAUUUCGUAUGAGGCACUUUUUGGUAUGGAAUAUUUGGAUCUGGUUGUCAAAGAAAUCCUGAGGAAGUACCCAUUCGUACAUUUCCUAGCGAGAUAUGCUGAAAAGGAUUACAUUUUCGAGUCUACCGGUUUGAAAAUUGAGAAGGGAACACAGGUGAUUGUUCCAACUCUGGCAAUUCAUAACGAUCCUAAGUAUUAUCCUGAACCAUCGAGGUUCGAUCCAGAAAGGUUCCGUGGAGAUAAGAUGAAAGACCUUCAGUAUGUAUACCUUCCUUUUGGAGAGGGGCCCCGAAAAUGCAUAGGAGAACGUUUUGCAUUGAUGGGUAUGAAAUUGGGGAUUGCCGCCUUUCUGAAGAAGUACGAGAUUUCACCUGGAGAGAAAACUGAUAUACCGUUGAAAUUGGCGAAAAGUGCUUUUUUCAUAGCUACUGAAAAUGGAAGUUUAUAUCUGAAAAUAAAAAAGGCAAAUUGAUUACUACAAUGACAGAAUUGAAUGUUGUCCCAUUGUCAAGACAAGA